UUAUUGUAUUGAAAAUUUUCAAAAUUUUAUGUUGAGGAAACCUUUAUCGAGAACAGUACCGGGAAAAAAAUCCCGCCAUAAAAGGAAACCUUGAAAGCUACAGAGUUGAAACUCGAGUGUCUUUUGGGAAUUGGCAUGGGGGCCUCCGUGGUGUAAUUCCAACAGACGCUUUCACGUAAACGAAGCAGAGGAGCAAAUUCCUGCAUACCCCGAGAGCAAUUAAAGUAAUCACAUCUGCUUCUCGUUUUCUUUUGUCUUUCUUUAUCGUCUGAUUGGGGUUUCAACUAAAAAUUUUGGCGUGAAGUCGAGUGUUUCAUCAAUCAUAUUCGUGGGCUUUAUAGCGGAAAUGUGCUUAAAACUAGUUAAUGUGGUUCGUUGUUGGACUCUGAAAAUCGACUAGAGUCGGUCACAAUCACAAAGAGCGCGACUUUAAACCCAAGUUUUUCAGUGGAGCAAGUGGCCAGGAAAGUAGGGGCAAUGGGUUGCAAGGCAGAAGCUUGUAAGGAGUGCACCCAGAAAUGUUUGCUGGUUCAUCAGAGGAAGAAAAACUCAACGAUUGGAGCUACCGCUUUUUUCAAAGUCAUGAUUGGCCAUCAGUUUUCAAAAGUCUUGUUUUUGCCUCCAAAGUUUGCUGCUACGGUAUCAUCAUUGGUUGAUCAAGAAACCUUUCUUGAGGACUCAAGUGGGCGGCAAUGGAAUGUAGCAUUAUCAAAUCUUAAUGGUUCACUCGCUUUUGAACGAGGAUGGGGUUCCUUUGCAUUAGACCAUGGGCUGGAGGUUGGAAAUUUUUUGGUGUUUGAUUAUGUUAUGGGAUCAGGCUUUGUUGUUAAGAUUUUCAAUACAACUGGGUGUGAAAAAGUAGAUUUUCCUGAGAACAGUAAUGUGAAGAAAAGAGCUAGUAUUAAUGGGAAUUCAGCUUCCAAACAUGACCAAUGCCACAAAAAUGAAGGUUCGAUGAAUAAACAAGCUUCAAGCACCUCUGCUAUGUCUUUGUCAGAAGCAGUAAUACAUCAAAGCCAAUGUGAACCGAAUGAUGUGGAAGAAAUACUAAGAGCCCCUGAAGAUAUGCUGCAUUGUGAUAGUAGCAAUGGAGGGGCCAAACAUUUGUCCAAAGCAGAAUAUACUGAAGAGCCAUUUUACCUAAUCAACCGAGACUUGCGAGACAACCAAGGGUAUGACAGAAAUCCUGUGUUUGACUUGUUUAACUUUGAAACGUGGAACAACUCAGGUGCUGAUGUUACCAGCAAAGCUGCAGUCAAAGAUGGAAGGUUUCCUUAUGAUACUGAUAUAUCACUGAACUCUCAAAUGAAAACCUGCUUUGUUGUCAAAGACCCAGCGGCCAAAGGGAUAGUGAGUGGAGUAGCAGCUACAGAUGCUUUGGACUUUGAAACGAUUGAGAAAAGUCAUUGCUCCAAAGAAAUCAGUAAGAAGGCAUCCGCUUCUGGUAAAAAUUCUUGCAAAAAUACGAGGUCUGCGCAUCUCUUGACCACAUCUGCCAUGAGACUUGAAGGAAAUAAGGAGAACAUCUCUGACAUACCAAUUAAAGGAAUUACAAAGUGCCAAAUUGCAGAGGGAUCAGGGGCUGCAGUGUCAAGAGACCUCUCAGAGUCAAUGUCAGAAAACAAUCAGGUGGCCUUGUCCCCUAAGGAGAAUACUUCACUCAUUGACGGUUUUUCAAGUGCUAAACAGGAAUUUAAGGGGAUGUCUGAGCUUGUGGAUGUUCCCGUUACCUCUGAAAUGCAUGACUAUCAGACUCGUUUGUCGAAUGAUUCAAAGAUGAUCAAUCAAGGUCACAGUCCAAGUUCUGAUAUGAUUGCAAGAGAGAAAUAUCGAGUGGCAAAAGUUGAACUUGUUGACUCAGUUGGAACUUCCUCAACAUAUACAGCCUGUCUCUCCUGUUUGGUGGCCAAAGAAAGCCAAUGUUUUCUUGAGUUGCCCACAUGUCUGCCAUCUUCUUAUCAUGGAAAAGGAAGAAUGGAAAGGAGGGUCGUGUUCCUGCAAGAUCCAGCAAUGAGACUAUGGCCAGUCCUCUACCAUGAGAGGUCUGGUUUCACAAUUUUGACGAGUGGAUGGGAAGCUUUUAGCAAGGCGAAUGGCAUUCAACCUGGAGAUGAGUGUGUUUUUGGGGUUGAGAGGGCCUCGGAGGGUAUAUAUGGUGUCCGAAUUGCCCGAAAGUAAAGAAAGCUGGAGUUGAUUCAAGCUUCAUAUUCUAUAUAAAUGGAGACUAGUAUUUUGUGAGGAACUCCUGUAAUUAGAAACGUGUUUUGGGAAUGCGUGGAUCCAGAAUUUGAUCAAUGUUUAGUUCACCAGUCAUAUAUGAGUAGUAGCCUUACCUUUGAUGUAAUUGGAUCUUGUAUAUACGUUUCUCAGAUCUUUCUAUGAUGCGUCUGGAGCAAAAGCUCAAUUGACAAUGCAAUAUUUUAGUCAAACCUCA